CACUCGAGUCGUCGACUAAAUAUUUUCAUUUUUCUUAAGUAUAUUUCUGAUUUUCCAACAACGAUGUGAAUCUGAAUACCUAAAUAAUAUUAAUAUACUCUCUGUCUCCUCCUGUGAUUGUCAGUCGUGACAAAAAAUCAUCACAUUUGCGGUUCACCUUUUAAAAAUGGAACCGUUGAUGCCUUCCGAAGUCGCUCGUUUAGUAUACGGUUAUCUAAAGAAAGAAAAAAAUGAAGAAACUGCUGAAUGUUUUUUAAGAUCCUCUCCUUGUUUAACUGAAUGUUAUCAGAUGUUUAAAACUAACAGAAACUUCAAUAUAAAAGUGAAUGGGUUCAAUUUGCAUGACAUCUUUGAAGUUUUUGGUACUAUGUGUAGUAUGAUUGAAGAACGAAUAUCUGAAGCAUGUGAAUCAAAAACUUUAAUUGAGAAAUUACAAUAUUUACUAGAUUCAAACCAUAUAUCAACCAAAGAAGAUAAAUCUGUUAAGGCCAAAUUAAAUAUGGUUGACAAAUGUGUUGGUAAUACAGUUCAUACUAAAGAUCAGGGUACACAUAUGUCAAUUAAUGUAGAAGCAAAUAAAAGUACAUUCGACGAAUUAUUAGAAAUCCCAAUGUUCCCUGAGAUAAUUUCUAAUAAUGUUUCCAAAACAAAAGAAAUCGACACAUUUAAUAAUGAGACCGCUAUAAUCGAUGAGAAAAACUCAGGUACAUUUUCUUCACCCUGUAUAUCAUCAAUGACACAUCUAGUAAACAAUAAUGCAAGAACAACAUUUACCAAAAUUGAUGACAAAGAAUCUCCAAUAUUUCAAAUUAAUAAACAAAUGUGUAGUACUCCAGCAAAAAAAAAAGAUGGAACAAAAAUAAAUAUUGAACCAAUGCUACAAUGUAGUCCAAAAAAUAUUCAUAAUUUAAUUUCUGUUGAUCAGGCUGAACAUCAGCAAAUACCUGAAGCGACAUCACUUGACUCUAUGCCAGGAUUCUCUAAAGAGGAUAAAAUAAAGGAUGGAUCAGUUAUUAUUGAUACUGGUGAAUUAGUCGAUACAUUUUUGAAUGACCCAAGUUUGUUAGAAAAAAUUGCUGAUACUAUCAAUAAAUGUUUGGAAGCUCAAAAAGAAUUAGAAAGAGUCUUAGAUCCUUCUACACUUGAAAAAGCAUUAGACUCUGCUCAGUCUGAUCCACAAAUCAAAAACAUACUGGAUGAGUUUUUAGUUUUUAAUGUUGACAAUGCUGAAGUUGGUAAAAAAGCAAAUACUAAUGAUCAUCUAGACUCAAUCAAAUCACGUUUACGUAGUGCCAAGAAAAAAGAUGAUGCACCAAACAAAUUAAAAAAGAAUAAUUUUAAUAUGCCAAAACAUGUUUAUGGUAAUGAAGAAUGUAUGAAAGUUGACAGUAAUAUUGUAUUAAUACAUGAAGGCAAUAUCAGAACAACGUUUUUUGAUAAUUACGAUUUGUUAUCAAAUCAAAUAGUUCUACAAUCAAGCGACGUAUAUAACUUUGACUCAGCUAAAACAAAACCAGAAGAAGAAGAUUAUUUAUCCAAAGCAAACUAUGUGAAAAUUGCUCCAAAAAUAACUCCUAUGUUAAAGAUUCACCAAGCUCCUGAAAAACAUAUAUUUCCAAAACGAAGAAAACACCCAUUAGAAGUUCCUGCCAUAAAGAGCAAAUUUAGGAGAACAAAUAUAAUUUCUAGACAACCACCUGUUCAGAUUCCUAAAUCAAUUAUUAUUGAAGUUCCUAAUCAAUGUUCAUUUGAAACUCAAGAAAAAAAUCAUAUAGGGACUAAUAAUCUUAUCAAAUUACCUGAAGAUACAUCUAAAACUAAUGAUGUGAUCGUUCACAAUACACCAGAUAAUAAACUAGAAGAUCCAAAAAAUAAAAGUAUGAGUACACCUCAUAGAAGAAGCACUCAAAUAAGAUCUUUAGAUUGUAUUACUCCGCAGCCCAAGAAUAUGACUCAAAAUCAGGCUUGUUCGACAUUGCUCUAUGACACACCAAAAAAAAUUGAAAAAUGUUUGGAAGAACCUUCAUCUAGUCCUUUACCAAUACUGCAAGCUGAUUGGGGUUCAGUUAAUGGAUUUGAAUCAAUUAUUGGGAAGGAGAGUAUUAAACACUGGGACACAGAUAUUAGAGAAAUGGUGGGGGCUGGGAUAUUAACAUCAGAUGCGGAUAGGAAAAAACCAAGAAAAAAAAUAACCCCAAGAAAAAAAAUAAAGCUGGUUAAUGGUCAAAAUAAUUCUAUAGCUUUGCUUGAAGAAAAAACGAAAUCAAGUAAUCAUUCAAUUACAACAAAUGAACUAUAUACUGAUGUAUUAAAUAUUUCCGAAAACACAAAUGGCGGUUUAAAUGCUCAAGAUUGUAAUAGGCAAACACCAGAUGGCCAAAAGCCAUCAAAGGCACAGACAGGAUUUCCUAUUUCAUUGGAAACUUUUAAUAAUGCUAUAGAAUUACAUGAUAAACAAUCACCAAUUGAAUCUGAUGCUUUAAAUACAUUGAAAAAUCAAAGUAAAUUUCCUAUAUCAUUGGAAACUUCAGAAUUGUACACUGAAGAACAGUCAGCUAAAUUUGAUUCUUUAAAAAACAACACCAAUGAAAUAUUAUUGGAAGAACAAAGCAAAUUUAUAAAUUCCUUAGAAACUUCAAAUAAAGUAACUGAGUUUAAUAAUAAACAACUUCCCAUCAAAUCUGAUUCUUCAAAUAGUCUGAGUUUAACUCAAAUCAACCUGGAACAGUCUAAUGCUAAUAUUAAUCAACAGCAAAAUAAUCAAAAUCAAUUAAUUAAUUCUACUAAUUUAAAAACUGUGCCUAAAAAAACAAAUCAGGAAAAAGAUUCUAACAUUUUAAAAUCAUUUAAUAAUUAUAACUAUUCAUUAACAGAAAAGAAGUCAAAUGAACCAAUUAAAAAUUUAAUAGAAGAAGGUAUAUUAGAUUUAACUGAUACAAACAACUCAAGUGAAUUAAAUAUUCCUACAAAAAGUAUCAAUAUUGAACCAGUUAAACCCAAUCUAGUUGACGAAAUUCCAUACAAACGUGAUGAUGCUGCUGUUGAAGUACCCAAAACUCCCAUUUCACAAAUAAAAUAUGAUUACAAUCUAAGUAAGCCAUGUAUGCAAGAACAUUCGGAUGAUUCAUUGAUGGAAUCAUCUUCAAUCAAAUUAUUCAGAGAAACGUAUUUAAAUAAACCCCCAAUUUUACCCUUUCCUCCUGCUUCAGGAAAUUUAAAGUCUGUCGCUACUAUUAUUGUACCACCAGAACAGAAUUAUGUCGAAACCUCAAACAAUAUCAGUUGUACGAUUAUCGAUAAGAAAAAGAAUGAUAAAGUUGAAUGUACACCCUUAAAACCAAAGGAAAAACUUUUUAAUAAAUCUAAAUCAGAAAAUGCAUUAAAAAGAAAAAGAAUGGAAACAAAAAAAAAACAAGUGUAUGAGUCUGUUAAAGUUGAGCUAUUUGGAAGUGAAAUUUCAUCGAGUUCAAGUUCGCAUGAAUUAUUAAAUACUAAUGAACAGCACAAAACAAUAGUUGUUAGUAAUAAAAAACCUCAAGAAGAAAAGAAAAAAUCUGGUUUGAAACACAUACCCAAAAUAAAAUCAAUAAAAUCUAUGUCUACUGUAAAUGUUAAUGGUAUUGAAAAUCAUUUGUCAAAUGAGUUAAACAAGCAACCUGUUAAGACUCCAUCAAUUAAGCCAAUUAUAGUACAACCCAAGAAUAACAUUGAAAACUCUUCAGAAGAAAUGCAGAAGAAAAGUUUGAAAAAAUUAAAAAAGUACAUGGUACAUUUUGAUGACCCAGUAGAAAAAGUCUUUAGUUUGUCUAAAAGUCCAACACUAUGCAAAUCCAACAACAAAAACACUGGUGAAAUACAAAAAGAUACCACAAUUCAUGACUACUCAGAACAGUUGAUAGGAUUAAGUAGAUAUUUGAACAAAAAAUCUUCAACGAUUUUUGACUUUAAUCCAAAAGGGAAAACAACCAAAACGAUUAAACCUAGGGUUAAGACCACUAAAAUAAAUAAUGGCAAUUCCAAAAUUAAUCAUUUGAAAAUGAAUAAUGUAGAUGGAUCCAGUAAGAAUAUAUCAACAAGUGAUUUUUGCAAUAAAAGAAAAACUCAGGAUGUGAACAAUCAAGGAAUUAAAUUAUCUGAGAAUUGUAUGAUAGAAGUAAAUAAAGUGUCUUACGGGAUGGAAAAUAAUGCAACUCAUAAUAAAUUCAUUGAACCAUCAGAGUCUGUACAAACUAUGUCUAUGGAUGACAACAUAUCUAAACCAAAUUGUAAUUCUAAUCAAAAAAUUAACAUCAGUCCUGAAGGAUCUGAAUUGCCUAUCAUUAACCAUAAUAGAAGUGUUAAUAAUACUUCCUGUGUUACUGUUAAACAUGAUGAUACAAUUGACGUUCCGAUUAACGAAAUCUGUAAUCCACUAGACAAUAUAGAAUAUUUAAAAAAGUCAAAGGUGUAUGAAGUCAUUACUGAAGAUGGUGACCAUGAGAUGGUGUAUUUAAAUUUAUCAGGAACAUUUACUUUCCUUGAUAUACCCUCAGAGUUAAACAAUGUACAGCUAUCCGAUCCAAUUACCUCACAGUUGAUAACAACAAAUAAAACGUUAGAUUCCACUCUGGAAAUGGAAAGUGGUGAAUUGAGAGAUGAUGAAGAAAUUCUCAUACCAGUGACGAGCACUCCUAAAAGCAGUUUUGAGAUGAAAAAUGAGAAAGAUAAUAGAGCCAGAAGAAGUCCCUCCUUUUGGGAAGACUCAGUUCUUAAUUAUUCAAUAAGACACAGAGACGAUAGAUAUAGGGAAACAAACCGUUGGCCAAAUAAAACACACCGUAAUUAUGAUAGAAAAUAUAGGCCAAACAAAUUUCAAUACUACAAUGAACGAUUACAAUUUGAUAGCCGGAACCAUUUUCAAAGAGGUCAUCAUCAAAAUGUGAAAAGAGAGUUUUGGGAAGAUUCAGUAAGGGAUAAAGAUACAUUAAAGCACAAAGAUGAAAAAAGACGUAGUUACCGUGAUUAUAGUAAAGGAAAAAAUUGGGUUGAAGAAAAUGAACGAUUUUCAAUUCCACAAAGAAAGUCACUAAAUGAUUUACAAAAGUUACAUAGAUCAGAAGAUAUUGUUAAGAAGGCUACUAAAAGGCCCUCAGAUCGAGAAAUAAAUAAUAAGACUCCUGCUAAGGCGUCCAAAGUUGAACAUCAACGGUUGCUGACAAAUGUUGACGUUGAUGAUUUUUUGUCUGUUUUACACGGUAAAAAAUAAAAAUAUAUAAACUGUUACCUACCGUAAUUUAUUUUUGUAUACACAUUUAAUUAAUGUCAAUUUUAUAUUAUUAUCUACACCAUGUUUAAACAAAUUAACAUUCACUCGUUUGAUGUCUGAGUAAAGUGGUUAUGAGAGUAUAGGUAAAUGCAAGUUGCAGGUACCUGCUACUCAUAAUUCAUAUUUUGUACUCAGAAUAAAUUGCACUAGUUACGUUUUAGUUAAUGAUUAUGUGUACAAACGUGAAUGAAAUUAUUUAUUUACACCAUAUUAUAUUAUUUAAUAUUUAUAUUUAUGAAAUUAUUUGUUGUUUAGUUUUUAU